GGACAGCGCUGCGCUCAAUAAGGUCCUAAUUUUGGUCUUGUAACGUGGCAACAGAUCAAGCAUGGCGGCUUGUUAUUACGGAAGUUCAAGGGAAGCAUACGUUAGAUCUGCCAAACUGUUUAUUCUCAAAGUUUUGGGAGUACCGAUGUUUUAAAAAAUCUGUUACGUUAGGUAAUUGACUGUAUUAUUUAAGGCACAAUGGCUGGCUGGGCAGGCUUUUCAGAUGAAGAGUUGCGGAGGAUGCAGCAGAAAGGCCCCGCAGAUGAAGUUGUGCCUAGCGUCUCCGGCCAUGGCCGGAGACCCGCACCCACCAACCGCAGCCGUCAACAGAUGCAGAUGGAAAGAGCCCUCAAGACGACUGCUCGGAAGCAUGUGUCUGGCUCUCUUCCACCGGACCAGCGUCUCGCGAAACCCGAAGAGCACGCAUCUAACGAGGUUCCUCCAGCACCGCCUGUGCCGGAGGCGACAGAGGCUGUUCAGGAAACCACACAGGAUGAUCGGAAAACUUUGAUCCUGAAAACAGAGCCAGAGCCAGAGCCAGACUCGGCCCCAGUGCCCAAGGAACUGGAAAAGCAGGAAGUGGAAUUGCGAGAGAAGACUCGAUUGGAACUCCUUCAACAAGAGCAGCGAAUGAUGGAAGAGAUGAAUAAACGCAAAAAAGCUCUUUUGUCAAAGACGCUUGCUGAAAAGUCCAGAAAAACACAGGCUGAGACUGUGAAACUUAAGAGGAUCCAAAGGGAACUACAGGCCCUGGAUGACAUGGUGUCCAAUGACAUCGGGAUACUCCGAGGACGGAUAGAACAGGCUACCUGGGACUACUCUUCUGCGUGGACCCGGUACAACCGGGCGGAGGCCGAGUUUGUGAAGGCAAAGCUGGACCUGCACAGGAAGGCCGAGCUGAAGGAGCAGCUGACGGAGCACCUGUGCGCCAUCAUCCAGCAGAACGAGCAGCGCAAGGCCCGAAAGCUGGAGCAGCUGAUGAAGCAGCUGGAGCUGCAGCCUGACGAGGAGAGCCUGGAGCUGGAGAUCCAGGUGGAGCACAUGCUGAAGGAGCAGGAGGACGUGGAGGGGUCGGAACCAGUCCGCCAGGCCUGUGAGGAAAGGAAGGGGGCGGGGCCUGAAGCGGUCGAAAGCAGCAGUCAUGGUAACACAGGGAACAUGGAGGAGAUUCCGCUCUGUGCGAAAGAACUGGAAAAGAAAGACUUGUACUCUGAACCAGCAGUUAUUCCUGUGACCACUGAACCUGUGGCCAGUGAGGCACCAAUCUCAACUGCGUGAGACUCCCAACAAGAUCCCCCCUUAUUUUGCUGCUGAAAAGCUUUGGGGUGUGCGCAUAAAUCUGCAGUGGCCAUUUACCAAAAUUAUGCAAAAAACGUUUAUUUCUGGCAAGUUAAAACUUAAGAAUGCCUAAAAAAAUCUGUCUUCUCUCACAAAGAUGAAAAGAGUGGUCUCCUAUAUGUCUUCCAGUAUGGCAUGUAAAUUGCAUUGCUUACUAUCAUUGAUGUUAUACCAUGAUGUUAUGUUUGAUGUUAUGUUAUACCAGCUCAUUUCUUUGUGGACAGCAGGCUGCAGUUGGCACAUUAGUGUGUCCAAUAAGCCCAUCCAUGUCACAUCAGGGGAUCUGAAGAGUCAGUUAAGAACUGAUGCUUAAUAUUUGGACCACAUGAGAGAGCUGUCUUUUACAGCAUUGCUUACAGAAAAUAUCAAUUUGGCUGAAAAAAACUUAUUUCUUUUAAUGAAUUGUGAUUCCGCCCUGUUUGGCAUUACUUACAUUUUUAUGCAUACACCCAAUCAUGCAUAAAAUCAUGUGCCAAUCAUUAGAAUGUACUAACCCAGGAGUUCUCCUGGCACCUAUACACUUAGCCUAUCAACACUACACAUCACCUGAUACUGUAAAUUUGAUAUUGUUCUGAAUUAGUAUAUUUCAGAAUAUUGUCAAGUGCCAAGUCAUAAAUACAACACUUUAUUUGCUGACCAAUUAAAUGCAUUGCAUGUACAUAGGAUGGGGUGGAGACUUUAAUUGAAGAGGUCCAAAGAUUAUUUUUGAUAUCAUAAGUACUAUGUACUUGAAGUGAACAGCUGAAUGUGUUCUUAUUUUAAAUACUAUAAAAUAUCCAAAAGAAAUCCUAUACUAGUGCGAUGAACUUGUCUCCCUUUUUUUGCAAAAUGGUCUUUGAACAAAAGCAUGAUGUUUCAAAGUUCUUGCCAGUGUGUUCUUGUACUUUAAUGCUUAAGAUUAAAGAAGAAAAAAAAAAAAAA